ACAGGUGCUCAACAAGACAUCUGGGACAAUAAGAAAAAGCCACCAGGGAUCAGAUGUGAUAAAGUCUCUGAUGCUGACGCCUGGGUUAGGAGGUUGGAGCAUUUGGGCAACAUGGACAGUAACAGCACGCCAUGGACCUCCAGCUUUCCUGCGUCCGUCUACACGGAGGUGAUGGGGACUGCGGCGCCCACCAUCUUCCCUCGGGUGGGCUACAGCAUACUGUCUUUCCUCAUGUUCAUCAACACCGUGUUGUCAGUUUUCAACAACAGUCUGGUCAUAACGGUGAUGCUAAGGAAUCCGUCUCUCCUCCAACCUAUGAAUGUUUUCAUCUUCAGCCUGGCUGUGUCUGAUCUCAUGAUCGCCUUGUGCGGCUCCUUGGUCGCCACCAUCACAAACUACCAGGGCUCUUACUUUAUUGGCUACGGAGCUUGUGUGUUUCAAGGGUUUUCAGUGAAUUAUUUUGGUCUGGUGUCUCUCUGCACUCUCACUCUACUUUCCUAUGAGCGGUACAAUGUGGUGUGUAACCCAAAAGCUGGUUUUAAACUGAGCAUGCGGAGAAGCAUCAUUGGGCUGAUUUCUGUCUGGGUCUUCUGCUUGUUUUGGGCCAUUACUCCAUUAUUUGGCUGGAGCUCCUACGGACCUGAGGGGGUCCAGACGUCCUGCUCUCUGGCAUGGGAAGAGAGAUCAUGGAGUAACUACAGCUAUCUGAUCCUCUACACACUCCUGUGCUUCAUCCUUCCUGUGGCAAUUAUCAUCUACUGCUAUUGCAAAGUUCUGAAAUCAUUAAAUAAGCUGAACAGAAGCAUUGAGUUGCAAGGCGGACAUUCCAGGCAGAGAGAGAAUGAUCAUGCUGUCAUUAUGGUGCUGGCAAUGAUUGUUUCAUUCUUUGUCUGCUGGCUGCCUUACACGGCAUUGUCGGUGGUUGUGGUCGUGGAUCCAGAUUUGUACAUCCCUCCGCUGGUCGCCACAUUGCCCAUGUACUUUGCCAAGACCAGCCCGGUGUACAACCCCAUCAUCUACUUCCUCACAAACAAGCAGUUCCGUGACUGCGCCCUGGAGGUGUUGUCCUGCGGGCAGUAUAUCCCCCGUGGGCCGACCAGCAUCAGCAUCCCCAUGCGCCCCGUGAGCAGGAGGAGCUGUCUGUCGGCCGUGAGCAGGAGCGCCAGCACGCACAGCAAGGUGCUGCCCGUGUGA